AUGCAUGCAACAUUUUGGCUAUCGAGACAUUACUUGUCUCCUGCAGCUAAGGCUGCCCUUGUCCUCGCUGAGGGAUGCUCAGCUAGAUAUAAAACAAAAAGACCGUGCCUUUGUUUUCCACAUUUGGGACCUCUUGAAUUCUUUAGGAAUCGUAGGAUCUCCCCCUGUAGAAGAAAAAGCAUUAUUAGACCUUCAGGGAAUAGCGGACUAUUUAUUCCUUCUCUACCUUUACGCUGCCCUUAUUUACCACACUAUACCAUCAAUGGUAUACAAGCAGAGGGCAAAAAAGUCAAGAUCGUUCCUUCUAACAUUGCUGAACUCUUAACCCCUGUUGCAUUAGCCUAUUGGAAUUUUAAUAUCGAAUCGGCUCGAAAGACACAUAAUGCCGCUAAAGAGCAAUACAUUAUAGGAUACCUAAGCGAGAAGUUACUAAGCUUCAGGAUAUCGUCACUACUCAUAUGCCCAACGUGCUUCAAUGAAAUAUCGGGCUGGACUUUCUUGUAUAGUUCUUCGGGGUUUAGCCCAUUGGCCCUAGCGACUGAUGGCCAUAGGUCCAAGGCCGCGGGUCUACAAAAACAACCUUCCCCCCCCGGGCCCAAAGGCAGGGAGGCCUUGGUGGUUAAUACCGUGAGGGUUCAAAUCCCUCUAGCCUCUACUCCUUAUACUACGCUAGAUCUCCU